UACAAAGACAUUACACCCAAAUCCAUGUCAAAUCCACGUCAACAAGAAGGAAAAACAGAGAACUGGAAAACUAGAACCAGAAACACAGAACACAGAAACAAGAACGUAAAGCCGACAAAACAAGAAUCGAAGAAACGUACAAAAAGAAGCAAACUUUUUGUUAAAUUACUUGUCAAAAUUAAUAUUGAUAUCAAAAUCUGACUACAGAUAUCACAUUUAGCUGCAGCUUAAAUUGGAUUAUGUUACCAUAGAUAAACAAAUUAUCCGCUACAAGAAGGGAAUGGUCUUUCAGUAUGGAGCAAAUGGAGGUGAAAGCUGGAAAUUCCCAUUUAAAUGAGAAGCAACCUAUGAAUUGUUCCACAUCUUCUAAGGAAGUUAAGCCUGCGGAAAAAGUUGUGACCACCUCUGUAUUUGUAAAUCAUGCAGCUGAAAUUGCUUGGCAUCAGAGUAGAAGAAAGUGGAUAGGGGAUCAGUCUCAACAACAACCAAAAAUGGCCAAGGAUCCAAUUAUAAGCUGGACGACGACAUAUGACGAGCUUCUCGGUAAUAAUCGGCCUUUUCCCGAGCCGAUCCCCUUACCUGAAAUGGUUGACUUCUUGGUUGAUAUUUGGCAGGAUCCAGGGCUGUUUGAUUAGGUAAUGAUAACAACAAUCUGAUGAAGAAUGAUAGGAGACUAGCCAACUUUUGUGAUGCACUACACACUGCACCAUAUUUUGUAGCUGAUUCUUCAUUUCCCCCCCUUAGAAUUGUAUCACAUUAUUGUGCUAGCGAUUAGUGAAGACUUUUUAUUUUUGUUUUGCAAUUUUCCUGUUUGGGUAAUUGAAUUCUAAUAGAGUAAUUGUUGUUUUAAGUUGAUUCUAAUUUAUGGGAUUAUCUAACAUUAUUAUAUUAUCUAAGGGCAUUUGGUUUGGCUUAA